GAACGUGAGCCGAACGGCAACCAUCUUUGUGAAAAAUACCUACUAGUCUGGAGAGCAGUCGGUGUAGGAAUUAAAUAAUUUCUGCGGCUUAUAAAAAGUUAAAAUAUAAAAAAAAUUAACGAUGAUUUCUGCUCGUUUGGCAUCGUCGGUCGCACGUAACUUGCCCAAGGCGGCCGCACAGGUUGCCUGCAAGGCUGCAUAUCCAGCUGGAACUCUUGCUGCCCGCAAAUUCCAUGUGGCCAGCACACAGCGCAGCGCUGAGAUCUCCAACAUUUUGGAGGAGAGAAUCCUCGGCGUUGCACCCAAGGCCGAUCUGGAAGAGACUGGCCGUGUGCUGAGCAUUGGUGAUGGUAUCGCUCGUGUGUAUGGUCUGAACAACAUCCAGGCCGAUGAGAUGGUGGAAUUCUCCUCGGGCUUGAAGGGCAUGGCCCUCAAUUUGGAGCCCGACAAUGUCGGUGUUGUCGUCUUCGGUAACGACAAGCUGAUCAAGCAGGGCGAUAUUGUCAAGCGUACUGGUGCUAUUGUCGAUGUCCCCGUCGGUGAUGAGCUGCUCGGCCGUGUUGUCGAUGCUCUGGGUAAUGCCAUUGACGGCAAGGGUGCCAUCAACACCAAGGAUCGUUUCCGUGUCGGCAUCAAGGCCCCCGGCAUCAUUCCUCGUGUGUCUGUGCGCGAGCCCAUGCAGACUGGCAUUAAGGCCGUCGAUUCCCUGGUGCCCAUCGGUCGUGGUCAGCGUGAGUUGAUCAUCGGCGACAGACAGACUGGUAAGACUGCCCUGGCUAUUGAUACCAUCAUCAACCAGAAGCGUUUCAACGACGGCCAGGAUGAGUCGAAGAAACUGUACUGCAUCUACGUUGCCAUUGGCCAGAAGCGUUCCACUGUCGCCCAGAUUGUGAAGCGUCUGACUGACUCCGGCGCCAUGGGAUACACCAUCAUUGUGUCUGCCACCGCCUCUGAUGCCGCUCCCCUGCAGUAUUUGGCUCCCUACUCUGGCUGCGCCAUGGGUGAAUUCUUCCGUGACAAGGGCAAGCACGCCCUGAUCAUCUAUGAUGAUUUGUCCAAGCAGGCUGUUGCCUACCGUCAGAUGUCCCUGUUGCUGCGUCGUCCCCCUGGUCGUGAGGCCUACCCCGGUGAUGUGUUCUAUCUGCAUUCGCGUCUGUUGGAGCGUGCCGCCAAGAUGUCCCCCGCUAUGGGUGGCGGUUCACUGACCGCCCUGCCCGUGAUUGAGACCCAGGCCGGUGAUGUGUCCGCCUACAUUCCAACCAACGUCAUUUCGAUCACUGACGGUCAGAUCUUCUUGGAAACCGAGUUGUUCUACAAGGGUAUCCGUCCCGCUAUCAAUGUGGGUCUGUCUGUGUCCCGUGUCGGUUCCGCUGCCCAGACCAAGGCCAUGAAACAGGUUGCCGGCUCCAUGAAGCUGGAGUUGGCCCAGUACCGUGAGGUCGCUGCCUUCGCCCAGUUCGGUUCGGAUUUGGAUGCUGCCACCCAGCAGCUGCUGAACCGUGGUGUGCGCCUAACUGAGCUGCUCAAGCAGGGCCAGUAUGUGCCCAUGUCCAUUGAGGAUCAGGUCGCUGUCAUCUACUGCGGUGUGCGCGGUCACUUGGACAAGAUGGAUCCCUCAAAGAUCACCAAGUUCGAGAAGGAGUUCUUGCAGCACAUCAAGACCUCCGAGCAGGGUCUGCUCGACAGCAUUGCCAAGGAGGGACAGAUCUCUGAGGCUGCCGAUGCCAAGCUGAAGGACAUUGUCCAGAAGUUCAUGUCCACCUUCCAGGGUUAAGCAACAACAACAACAACAAUGGAAGCCGAAACGUGCAGUCAUAUCCUAGAUAUGGAGCAGAAACCACCAACAACUCCUUUCAAGCUAAUAAAUAAAUUACUGUCUAAGCCGCUAGCAGCGUUAAUAAUUGAUUUGAAACUGCCCAACUGCGCGUCGAUGAUGAGCAACAACAAUAUCGUCGGAAAGAUAAA